CUCGCUUAUUCCAUUUCUAUGGCUCCAGUGAGAGUCAGUCAGCUGGAGACUGAUCCAAAGCAUCAGAAGAGAAAAAGACGUGAGGAAAUAAACGGUUAUCAUGGCAUCGUUAAAUCUCGGCUUCAACGGGGCUCGCAAAAAAGCGGUAGCUCGCAUCAGAGCCGUGGAGAGGAGGAAUCUGAUCACCGUGUGCAGGUUCUCAGUGAAGACCCUCAUCGAUCGCUCGUGCUUUGAGACGAUAGACGACACAUCUGCUGAGUUCAUCAACUUUGUCUCCAUUCUAGAACAUAUUCUCAGCCAUAGACUGAAAGGUCAGGUCAGCUGGUUUGGCUACGAGAGCCCGCGCAGUUUCUGGGAUUACUUGCGUGUGGCAUGCAGUAAAGUCCCUCACAGCUGCAUCCACAGCAUCGAGAACAUGGAGAACGUCCGCAGCUCUAGAGCGAAGGGUCGUGCCUGGAUAAGAGUGGCGUUAAUGGAGAAGCGUUUGUCUGAAUACAUCUCUGCAGCUCUGAGAGACUUCAAAACUACAAGGAGGUUUUAUGAGGAGGGGGCUGUUGUUCUGGGUGAGGAGGCGGGGCUUCUGGCAGACACUCUGAUUGGACUGAAUGCCAUUGACUUCAGUUUCUGCCUGAAAGGGGAGGGGCUUGAUGAGAGCUGUCCCGUCGUCAUUGACUACACACCGUACCUUAAAUUCACACAAACUUCUGACAGCAUUAGCAGCGAUGAGGAGGAAAUGAGAACACUGGGCAGCAGCGGCAGUGAAGCAGGCACUCCAGAAUCCCACAUGGCUGCCAGUCUGAUGGCCGAUCAGAGCACCUGGUACAGCAAGAGCAAAAGACUAGAGCAGAAAUACAGAGUCGUGCUGGAACAGAAGGGUUAUCUGGAGGAGCUGGUGCGUCUGAGGGAAGCUCAGCUCUCUGAGUCUGUCGCUCAGAAUAAAUCUCUACUGCAGCGACUCACAGACACCGAAAUCAGCCACAAACUGGAGAAAGAGCAGCUGGAGAUCAUCAUACUGGAGCUGCAGGAUCAGCUGACGGUGAUGAAAAACCAUGACCUUCGCUCCAGACAGGAGCUUACCUCGCACCUGACCAACCAAUGGCCCUCACCUGGUGCUUUGGAUACCAAUGCGGUUGCCUUGGAUACGCUUCUGUACAGGAAACGCACAGGACCAUGGGAAGACAAAAGCUUCCAGAGUUUGGAGCAGCUUUCUGCAGAUAUGAGUCUCUCUCAGAUGUCUCUGGAGCCAGCACAACUGAACACACACAGUCUGGACAGCAAGGCAGGACUUACACACUGGCACAGAGAAGGGAAAGAGGAUACUCCGUCUCUGAGGGGUUUGUGUGGCUCCUUAACCUCAAUGGCCAGUUACAAAUCUCUGGCCAGUCUGAAGUCCAGUGAGUAUCUGGCCAGUCCAACAACAGACAUGACCAGCCCAGGACUGACCCCAUCUUGAGAGACAAGUAUGGACAUAUAAAUACGUACACAAACACCCCAACUUGUUUCAGACGGUGUGGGCUUCGAAUUGCAGUGAAAAACGAAAAGCUACCUAUCGGCACCGUCCUCAGAGCUUCUAAGAGACAUUUCAACUAGACAAGAUGAAACCCCAUUUUGGUUUUUAGUUUAAAUUGAAGUGCAGUUUCAUUUUCAGAUGUGAACAUUCGGUCGCUGAAGUCCACAGCUAGCGUAAGCAUUAGCAUUAGCAUAGUGAAGCGUAAUGUAUCAUGAUGAAUGACAAUCUCGACUCAGGACGUCAGUGAAUUUCAGCCGUUUGUGAAAUUUCGAAUGUCUGCUGUUUUUUGGAAAGUCCACAGAUAAAAAGGUUUUCACGGUGUUUUAGUUUUUGCUUCUGUUUCAUAAAAUUUGUCCUGUGUGGAAUUAUCCUGAAUUGCUUUAUUACUUUUAAAUUUGAUUUCAUUGCAUGUCUCAAUAUCUGAUUUGGUUUUAGAUUUAUUGUUUAAUUUAUUUAAUAUUUUAUUGUAUUUUAACUUUAACUUAAUUUAGUUAAAUCUCUUAUUUUAUGUUAUGUUUUCUCCUCUUAAAAACACUUUAAUGUAAUUAUUAAAUACAUUCUGACCCUCUCUACACAUUAAAAAAAACAUGCUUAGUAAAAUUAACAUUUUAAACUAUUUUCUGACAGCUUUCAAAAAUAUCAACAAACAUGAAGCUGUGAAAUUUCAGUAAGAAAAAUAUUACCAAAUUAUAUUCAUCAAGAAUUAUUUCAGUUGCAAACAGUGGGUGUUCCAUGUCAGAAUGGAAAACUGGAGCCCUAAUUCUAUUAAAUCUCAUAUGAUUAUGACAGAAAUGUUAACAACAGUACUGCUUUGUUCAUAUGCCACUCCAUUUUUAGGGAGCGAGAGAAAUAUGAUUUGAGAUUUUUCUCUGGUGUGCUGGAUGUGGAUGCUGAUAAUCUUUUUUUUUUUUUCUUGUCUCUGGCUUUUAACUGAAGUGUUUAAGAUUCACUCUGUCCUCUUUCAUGGAGAGGUCUUACAUAUUCAUCAGUUCUGUGAUUUACAUAAUCAUACAGCACUCAAACAUGAUUUUGCAUUUUUUUUUUCCACCGUCGCUCUCAGAUAGUGGCUAAUGCGCACUGGAGUAAAGCAUUGCCAUGCAUUUAUAUAAAUAAAUAAGGAUGAUAAAUGAUAUGGUGCAUAGUGGACUUGAAAAAGAAUGUAUUCACAAUCAAAUAUCUUAGCUUAAUCUGUAAACGUCUGAACUAGUCUUGUCAAUUUAAUGGAAUUAAUUAUAGAAAAAUACGACUGAAAAAUUACUUCAGCUAAUCAAUUCCUCUAAUCUGUAUGUAAAUGCUGUAAUUUCCUACCUCCAGAGCAAUUCACUUUGUUUUUGACUGUAUGACGCUGUGGACUAUAGGCCGGUGAUGUUCAAUGACACGGACAUAAAUAAUUUAUUGACUUCAAAGCCACUUUUUUAAUGUCCAUUCAAUGCUUUUUUUUCAUCCGCCACCAUUCUCUUCAUUAGAGAGCUUUUUUUUGUCGUUAAUUUGAUUAUAAAACCAGAAUGUACAAUUAACGUGCAGUAUUUAAUUAAUUUUUAAUCCAUUGACUGCCCUAGCCUGAACCCUUUUACUUAAAAAGAAGGAUUAAUUUUAGAAUUAAUUUGUAGAGUUGCGAAGUUCAAGUUGAAUACUCCUAAUACCCGAUCAUUCUAAAAAAGAUUGCAUUAAAUAUUGCUUGUGUGACUGGAUCAUAAAACAGACGCGUUUAUAAAAUCAGUUUAAGCUGUGGGUUCUGUAUAAAAAUGAUUGAAAGCGAUAAGAAACGUCUGAUUGCUCGUGAGCAUCGGUGCAGUCAUAACAGAAAUCCCAGGGAAACACGUAAGCAGGAUUCCCUUUGUUGCCGCUCACCAGAAACAGUCUCGUCAGCUCGUACGAUGCCUUGCUGGUUAUCCAUGUUCUUAGUGUUGGAGAAUGUCUCGUCUGCCUGUGUGUGACUUCAGUUCUGUGCCGCAGAAAUACACGUCUUACAUGUGAAAUGCAUGUUUUACAUUGUUCAGAGCUCGUCUUUUCAGAAGCCAGUACAUCUAAAUGUGCAUCUCAAGGUUUUUUUUUGGAAUCUCUUACAGCACUGUUUGAUCUAAAAUGUGCAAUUAAAUGUGUAUAGUGGAAUGAAGGAAAUGCAUUUCAGUAUUUAAGUGUUACUUUUCAGUUUCAAGUUUUAGCCUUCACAUUUGAAAAGGUAACAUGUUUAAAACUUAGCAGAAUUGUCGCCUUUACAGACAUUUUUGAAUGUAUUUUCUUCCUCAAUGCUUUAAAAUCUGUUUUUGUGAGUUUUUGUUCAUUUUCUGUUGUACGGUGACAGAAAUAAAUGGGGCGAGGAUAACGAGGGCGCACUGAGAUGAAUAUCAUAUAUUCAGCUAACUAUAAUUUUGCCUCAAUAUGUUUAGUCAAAAUUUAACUUCAUGUCCUCAUCUACGAUCAUGUUUUUUCAAUAAAUACAAACUUGUCUCAUUG